GUAAAACGAGAAGAUGGCCUCCUUCCUCAGCUCCAUUCACCACACACCCUCACUGGAGCUCCCCUCCUCCGCCUCUAAUAGAAGGAUAAAGCCCAAUGCACCAACUUCUUCCUUCUCCUUCCCUUCUAAGUCUCAGUUCAACUCCCUCGUGCGGGCUGGGAGGCCGUUGCUUUUUGUUCCUCGCGAUUUUGCCACUCCCAGUUCGGUGCUCAGCGAGCAGGCCUUCAAUGGCCUCUCUCUUAUCCAAAACCAGGACAAACAAUAUGUCCAUGACACUCCAGCUAACCAACUUGACAUUUCCAAGCUGGGCUUGCCUCAGCGUCUCCUCCAGUCACUACUCAACCGAGGCAUCACUCACCUGUUCCCAAUUCAGAGAGCUGUCCUUGUACCGGCACUGCAAGGUCGAGACAUUAUUGCUCGAGCAAAGACUGGAACCGGCAAGACAUUAGCCUUCGGUAUACCAAUAAUAAAACGGCUCACUGAAGAUGCUACUCACCGGUUCUUGUUUAGGACAUCUGGUCGGCUUCCAAGAGUUUUGGUCCUCGCGCCUACACGAGAGUUAGCCAAGCAAGUUGAGAAAGAAAUUAAAGAGUCUGCAUCUUAUUUGAACACUGUUUGUGUUUAUGGAGGGGUAUCUUAUAGUAUACAGAAAAAUGCUCUUUCCCGUGGGGUUGAUGUAGUUGUUGGGACUCCUGGUCGAAUCAUUGACCUCAUAGAAAGUAAUUACCUCAAAUUGGGAGAAGUUGAAUAUCUGGUCCUUGACGAAGCUGAUCAGAUGCUUGCAGUUGGAUUUGAGGAGGCCGUCGAACAAAUUUUAGAAAAUCUUCCAUCAAAGAGGCAGAGCAUGCUUUUCUCUGCAACCAUGCCUUCUUGGGUUAAAAAGUUGGCAAAAAAAUACUUGGACAGUCCUCUGAAUAUUGACUUGGUUGGAGAUCAAAAUGAAAAGCUUGCCGAAGGGAUCAAACUUUAUGCAGUAUCAACCACUGCAACUUCAAAGCAGUCUGUUCUUAAUGGUCUCAUAACGGAUUAUUCAAAGGGUGGGAAAAGCAUUGUUUUUACACAAACAAAACGAGAUGCAGAUUAUGUGUCUAUUGCUUUAACAAAUAGCAUAGCAUCUAAGGCAUUGCAUGGUGAUAUUUCUCAACAUCAGAGGGAGAUAACAUUGAAUGGAUUUCGGCAAGGAAAAUUUACUGUGCUUGUUGCCACUGAUGUUGCAUCUCGUGGUCUUGAUAUUCCAAAUGUUGAUCUGGUUAUCCACUAUGAGCUUCCCAAUAAUGCAGAGACUUUUGUGCAUCGCUCUGGCCGUACUGGACGGGCAGGGAAGGAAGGUUCUGCAAUUUUGAUGUAUACUAAUAGCCAAAGGAGAACUGUCAAAACUCUUGAACGUGAUGUUGGGUGUAAGUUUGAGUUCAUUAGUUCUCCAGCUAUUGAGGAUUCAUCCCGGUCUCUUGUUAACUAUAAACAGUUGUCGGCUAUGCAUGAUGAUGGCCCUUCAAGUGAUUAUUAUGGCAAAUUUUCUUCAAGGGGUGGUUAUGCACGAGAAAUUAACAGAAGUCCGAGAAGUUUGAGGGCGUCUAGGGGUUGGAGCAAUGGCCAAGACUCCAGUAAUGAGGUUCGAGGUGGAAGAAAUAGUUGGGACCAGACUUCAAAAAGCGGUAGGGAUAAAUGGCUAAUUGGUAGUCACAGAUCAAACAGGUCAUUUUCGAAAAGCGGUAGGGAUGACUGGCUAAUUGGUGGUAGUAGCAGAUCAGACAGGUCAUUCUCCCGUGACAGAGGCUUUGGAGGUUCGUGUUUCAACUGUGGGCACCGUGGGCAUAUGUCGUCCGACUGCCCUGAAAAGUAACACCUCUGAUGUGUUGGUUCGAUAUCGGUCUUCCACACUGACUUGGGCUAUCUCGGGACAUUUGGUUUUUGACAGACAUUGGCCGUGGAGUGAUGAGAGUUGCUCCCCAAAUAUUGUUGCUAUUGUGGUCUGCCAUCAUCCCUUUUGAUUAGCGAGGGAACUCAUGUUGUGGUGGUCGUCGUGGCUAAUUCGAUCAUUUGCUAUAGGGGGGUGUUUUCACAUUAUUGCCA